AGCCUCUACAAAGUCCCCUCUGGACUUCCACCUACCUUUGCAGGAGGGUCCAGCAUACUUAGUAAUCAGCAGGCAUUUCCAGGAGUUAUCCGGAAAAAAAAAAAAAUUGACAGGAGGAGUCUGAAAGUCAGAGGCUGCUAAACUUGGUCCGAUUGUGAAAAAAAAUUCUUUCCUUCACACUCACAAUACUUAUACUACAGCCUUGCUACUUCUCCUGCUGCUGCCUGCAAGGAGCCUGACACUCUACACCAUAUAAAAAGGGGAUUUUUGCAUUUUAAAGGUGGAAGGCUGGAAACAUCUGGAGGUCGGUGAAGAUAACAUCAUUAAGAAAACUCUCAUCAAAUUUAUUUUUUUCUCUCAUCUGUGAAACAAGAGGCCAACGAAGACAGUGAGAAAAAAAAUAAAAAAAUAAAAACCUAAAAGUUUUAUGCCAGGUGUAUGGGACAUAGAAUAUUCAAAUACUGCACUGAACUUUUAAAGGUAAACUAUGACCACUUUACUGCUAGUGUUCGUGUGUUUGCGUGUCAUCGCUGCAGCAAUAUCCGUGGAAUUUUCAGACCACGCUAACACACUGAGUGUGAGUAUUCCCGAAGAGGCUCCUCUAAAUGUUCUGCUUGGACACUCAGUCACCAUCCCCUGUUACUUCAUCAAUGCUGUGGAACAUUUGACCGUGGCCCCCUCAACAGCACCGUUAUCCCCUAGGAUCAAGUGGAGCAGACACAACAAAGGACACGAAACAGUCUUACUGGUGGCCACUAACAGCCAAAUCCGUGUCACUGAAGCCUACAAAGGACGUAUUUCUUUACCAAACUAUCCUCUCAUCCCUACUGAUGUCAGUCUGGAAAUUGUAAACCUGUUGUCCAGUGAUUCAGGAGUCUACCGCUGUGAAAUCAUGCAUGGGAUCGAAGACAGCCAAGAUACAGUCACACUCAAUGUAAAAGGGAUCGUUUUCCACUACAGAGCAAUCUCCACAAGAUACACUUUGGAUUUUGAAAAUGCCAAAAAAGCUUGUAUACAGAACAAUGCUGUCAUUGCUACCCCUGAACAACUCCAGUCAGCCUAUGAUGACGGCUAUCACCAAUGUGAUGCUGGUUGGCUUUCUGAUCAGACAGUAAGAUAUCCAAUUCAUAAUCCACGUGAACCCUGCUAUGGUGACAAAGAAAUGUUCCCCGGAGUUAGAACUUACGGUGUUCGAGAAACUGAUGAAACCUAUGAUGUAUAUUGCUAUGCUGAACAUAUGGAAGGUGAAGUGUUUUAUGCAACAUCUCCUGGAAAGUACACCUUCCACGAGGCAGAGAAGCAAUGCCAGAACCUCGGAGCUAGACUGGCUACUACAGGAGAGCUUUAUCUGGCUUGGCAGACUGGCAUGGAUGUGUGCAGUGCUGGUUGGCUGGCAGAUCGCAGUGUUAGAUAUCCAAUAUCCUAUAAACGUCCCAACUGUGGUGGAAACUUAGUUGGAGUCAGAACAGUCUAUCUCCACCCUAACCAGACUGGAUAUCCAGAUCCUCUGUCUCGUUAUGAUGCUAUUUGCUAUAAAGAUGAUGCUGAAAACAUUACUAUUCAAACUGUGACACAGCCUGGAUUGGAGCUCAUCUUCCAGAGAAAUGUUACAGAAGAGGAAGCCCGUGGCAGUAUUGCUACCUUGGAAGGUCUGGACUUUACCCUCACACCCUCCGAAGACAGCUUUACAGCUACACCAGUCUUUCCAGGAACGCCUUUAAGUCCAGACCUGGUGCCAACAGAAGCCCCGUUGGAAAACAUCACAGAUGAUGGCCUUCAGCUAUGGUUGGAAAAUGUCACAGCUGUUCCAUCUGUUGAAGCUACUGGCACAGUUGAGGGGGAAGUAGUGCCAGUUACUGCUGCUAUUGAUGCUGCCCAGCCAGGCAAACCCAUCUCUGAGACUGGUGUUGUGUUCCAUUACCGAGCUGGUUCCAGUCGAUACUCCCUGAACUUCAACCAAGCGAAGCAGGCGUGCCUGAACAACCAUGCUGCCAUCACAACCCCUGCUCAGCUGCAGGCCGCCUAUGAAGCUGGUUUCGAUCAGUGUGAUGCUGGAUGGAUAUCAGACCAAACUGUCAGAUACCCAAUUGUCCAGCCUCGAGAGAAUUGCAAUGGAGACAAGAAUGGUUUUCCUGGUGUCAGAAAUUAUGGAGUGGUGAAUCCAGAUGAGCAAUAUGAUGUUUACUGUUAUAUUGAUAAACUACGAGGACAGGUGUUCUUUGCAACCCAACCCGAUCACUUCACUUUCCAACAAGCACAAGAGUUUUGUGAAAGCAAAAAUGCCACCUUAGCUUCCACUGGGCAACUUUACUCCGCCUGGAAGUCAGGAUUCGACAAGUGCCGAGCAGGCUGGCUCUCCGAUGGAAGCGUUCGCUAUCCUAUUGUGACACCACGUAAAGUAUGUGGAGGUGACCAAUCUGGAGUGCGCACCGUCUAUUUGUAUGCCAACCAGACAGGAUUCCCCGAUCCACUGUCAAAAUACAACGCAUUUUGUUUCAGGCCUUCUCUAUUUGAAGAAGAAGAAGAAGUUCCAGGCACUCCAUCAAUUGAAGAAGAAAUCAUUGCAACUAAGUUAUAUCCUGUUGUGGAAGGGUUGCCUUCUGGAGAAGAGAUUACUGUAGAAACAGUGACUGCCACUGAAUUUGAGAAUGAAACCGAUUUCUGGCUGCUUAACGCCACCGCCCUCCCGACUGUUGAAUUAGAGAUAGUGAGGCCUUCAGCAAUUCCUCCUGUGGCUGCAGUUCCAGAGGAUGUCAGUGGAGAAGCAUCUGUCAGUGGGGCUAGUGGUAUUCCAUCUGGAGAAGUCUCUGGGGAGCCCAGUGGAGAAGUAUCCGGUGUUCCUGACAUUAGUGGGGAACCUUCAGCAAGUGGACUUGUAUCAGGAGAGGGAAGUGGAGAACCAUCAGGAAUAAGUGGAUUUUCAUCUGGAGACAUUAGCGCAAGUGGACUUCCAUCAGGAGAGGUUUCCGGUGAAAUACCAUCAGGUGAAAUUGAUACCAGUGGCUUACCUUCUGGGUUCCCAUCUGGAGAUGAACUUAUUUCUGGAUCUGCUUCUGGAUUUCCUGAUAUUAGUGGACUGACAUCCGCAGACAUGAGUGGACUUCCUUCUGGAGAUGUUAGUGGGGAGGCAUCUGGUGUUGAGUUAGUUAGUGGGUUACCAUCAGGGUUUGAAAGUGGUCUGUCUAGUGGAGAUUUCAGUGGACUGCAUAGUGGAGAUUUCAGUGGCCUGCCUAGUGGAGAUUUCAGUGGACUGCCUUCUGGUUUUCCAACAAUCUUACAUGUUGAUACUGUUUGGACAGAAGGUAUUACAAAAUCACCAGACACUGAAGCAGAAGGGAAAGGUACAACAGAAUUUAGCGCCUCAGGUGAUAUAUCUGGAUUACCAUCCACAGAUUUUAGUGGCCUAGCUUCAGGUCUGGAACUAAGUGGUGAGCCUUCUGGUUUAGAUUUUAGUGGCCGACCCUCUGGAUUUUUUGAAGUAAGUGGAGAAGUAUCAGGUAUUGAUAUGAGUGGCUUUUCAUCUGGUAUUCCAUUAGAAGAAUCAUCUGGGGAUAUUUCUGGCAUUAGUGGGCUACCAUCUGGAAUAAGUGGUGAAGAAUCUGGAGAUAUAUCUGGCGCAAAGGAAUUUAGUGGAGAUAUAUCUGGAAUAUUCAGCGGUGACCUGUCUGGAAUAAGUGGUUCAGGUUUAAUAGAUUUCAGUGGUGAAAUUGAUAUUAGUGGAGAAAUAUCAGGUGCAAGUGGUGAUAUCAGUGGGGUGAGCUCUGGCACAUUUGAUGAAAGUGGGGAGUCAUCUGGUGUCACUCUUAUAGAUGGCAUUUUAGUAGAAAGUACUAGACCUUCAGAAAAAGAAGAGGAGGGUAAGGGCUCUGUAGAAGAAAGUGGGCUGUUUUCAGGAGAUUUCUCAGGUGAAAUAUCUGGGAUUUCUGGUAUAAGUGGGGAAAUCUCAGGUGAUAUAGAUGCCAGUGGUCUUAUAUCUGGAGAACUCCCCAGUGGAGAACUAGACAUCAGUGGACUGACAAGUGGUAUUAUUGACAUAAGUGGAGAAGCAUCAGGAGCUGGAUUUAUAAGUGGCUUACCAUCUGGAAUUGAUGACAUAAGUGGAGAAGCAUCAGGAGCUGGAUUUAUAAGUGGCUUACCAUCUGGAAUUGAUGACAUAAGUGGAGAAGCAUCAGGAGCUGGAUUUAUAAGUGGCUUACCAUCUGGAAUUGAUGACAUAAGUGGACUCACAUCUGGUUUUCCCACGAUAUCUCAUAUAGACCUCACUUUAGUAGAGGUCCCAACCAUAGGACCUGACACUGAGGAGGCUGGCCAGGGGCCAUCAGGUGUAUUCGAGAUUAGUGGAUUUCCAUCAGGAGAAACAUCAACAGAAGCAUCCGGAAUUAUUGAUUUAAGUGGAUUUCCAUCAGGAGAAACAUCUACAGAAGCAUCCGGAAUUAUUGAUUUAAGUGGAUUUCCAUCUGGCACACAAGAAAGUGGAGAUGGUUCUGGUAUCCAUACUUCUGGGAUCCCUGAUAUUAAACUCAUUACAGAUGAUUUAAUUGAAGCAGUUACUGAACCAACUGUUUCACAAGAGUUAGCUGGAGUGACCAGUCCAUAUAUUAUUGACGCAUCUGCAUCUGGAGAUAUCAGUGGUGAGGGGCCUCUCACUAUUCCUGACAUCAGUGGAGAGCCAUCGGGAAUCCCUUUAACAAGUGGUGAACCGGAAAGUUUUGUUGAGGGUAGUACAGAAGCCAGCACUGAUAUAUCAGGGCAUCAAACAUCCUCUGCUAAUGAUGUGUCAGGUGAAACAUCUGUACCUGACAUAGUUAUUAGCACAUCGCAGCCAGAAUCUGAGAUAAGCCUUGACCAAAAGGAACCAGAGGAAGCCAAAAAGGAUACAGAACUAUCUGCCUCUGCUUCAGGAGAUAUUACAGAAGAUGUACCACUUGAAGUUGUAACACCAGCGCCAUUAUUAGAAGCUAAACCACAGGCCAUUCCUGAUGUAACUGAAGUUGAAGGCAUUGUUGGAACUUGCGCUGACAUCAAUUGUGGGGCUGGAGCGUGUGUGGAAAGAGAUGGAAGAGUGCACUGUCAGUGCCUACCAGGAUAUGGAGGAGACAACUGUGAAAUAGACAUUGAUGAAUGCCUUCCAAGCCCUUGUGUGAAUGGAGCUACCUGCGUUGAUGGCAUCGACUCAUUCAAAUGCUUAUGCCUUCCCAGCUACGGAGGGGACCUAUGUCAGAUCGAUAUUGAAGUAUGUGAUGAAGGCUGGACCAAAUUCCAAGGACAUUGCUACCAACACUUCUCAAACAGAGAAACCUGGGUAGAUGCAGAGAACACAUGUAGAAGCCAUCAGUCACAUUUAUCUAGCAUCCUGUCAUCUGAAGAGCAAGAGUUCGUAAAUGGAAAUGCACAAGACUAUCAAUGGAUCGGGUUAAAUGAUAAAACCGUUGAGAAUGACUUCCGCUGGUCCGACGGCAAUCCUUUGCAAUAUGAAAACUGGAGGCCAAACCAACCAGAUAACUUCUUUGCCACAGGAGAAGACUGUGUGGUGAUGAUUUGGCAUGAGAAGGGAGAGUGGAAUGAUGUGCCCUGCAAUUACCAUCUGCCAUUUACUUGCAAGAAAGGAACAGUGGCUUGCGGAGAUCCUCCAGUGGUAGAGAAUGCAUACACCCUAGGAAGAACGAAAGAACGGUAUGAAAUCACCUCCUUAGUCCGGUAUCAGUGUAACCAAGGAUUUUUACAGCGUCAUGUUCCUAUAAUCCGAUGCCUAUCAAGUGGGCAAUGGGAAGAGCCAAGGAUACAGUGCAUAAAUCCUUCCACAUACAGACACAGGAGAAGCCCAAGAAGGCGACCGAAAUCCGCUGACAAAGAUACACAAAAAAAGGCCCAUUAAAAGGAAUCUGAAAAAAAAAAUAUUGUAAAGAACAUUUAUAUUAACAAUGUCAAUUUGUUUUUGUUUUGUCAUGUAAGGAGUUUAUAUUGAAGAAAAAGCCAAGUUGUAUAUAAAAAAAAAGCACCAAAGCAAAUUAGAUUUAAGCAUUUUACUAACGGUCAAUGAAGUGCCUUUGUCAGGGACCCUGUUGUGCCUUUCAUAAUGGAGGGUGGAAAAGAGCUGAUUGGAUACACAAUGGCUAUAUGAAGCCACAAAGACUAUUUUUUCCAAUGUUUUAAAUAUAAUGUGACAAUAAUGUGAUAUUUUUAUUAUUUAAACUCCAGGCUGGCCGAAUUUAAUGAAGUAAUAUAAAUAUAUUAAACGUUACAAAUACAUUGCACAUCAAGGACCUUGAAUAAAAGAGAAAAAAAAUAAAAAA